UCUCUUCGUCUCUUCUUCUUCUUCUUCUUCUCCUCAGUCUCUUAACUCAACGCCUUCAGUAGCAGUGGCAGUUGCAGUUGCAGAUCUCCACUUCAGAGCUGCAGCAGUGGCAGUUGCAGUUGCAGUUGCAGAUCUCCACUUCAGAGCUGCUUAUAAUUCAGCAGAUUGGGUGGCUAUAACUGCAUUGGGUAACAUGGCUAGAAGCCAGGGUGAUGUAAAUAACGAUUUUUCAAGGCCAAGCCGUGAAAUUCAAGCUUUCUGGGUGCCAUUUCUACUCCUACAUCUUGGAGGUCCAGACAGUAUCACUGCAUACUCCUUGGAAGAUAACGAGUUAUGGCUCAGACAUUUUCUUGCACUUGUUGUCCAAGCUGGAGUUGCAUUUUAUGUCUUCGUUAGAUCUUGGAAGACAACAAAGCUAACCUUAAUAGCCAUUCCAAUGUUUGUCACUGGCAUUGUCAAGUAUCUGGAGAGGACUUGUGUGCUCAGGUCAUCUAGCUCUAAACAUUUUCGAAGCUCAUUGCUUUCCUAUCCUCAAAUCAAAUAUGUCUUAGUGAAAGAGGAAGGAACUGACAAAGAAAUCCUUCGUAGGGAAAUGAAAGAGGAGAGUGAGCUGACACAUGAUAAGGUCGACCCUAGUAGCAAUUAUCUAUGCCAGGCUUAUUACUUAUUCAAGAGAUCUACUUAUCUGUUUGCUGAACUUAUCCUUGAUUACUAUGAAAGAGUAGGAAGCUACUCCAUCAUCCAUGACAAGGAGCCAACUGAUGUCUUCAAACUUAUAGAGACUGAGCUGGGAUUAAUGUACGAUAUGCUCUAUACCAAGGCAAGCAUUGUUUAUUCCUUUUCGGGAAUUCUUCUUCGUAUCAUUUGUUUCUGUUCAUCUAUUUCAGCUCUCAUUGCCUUCUCAGUACAUGUGGAUAGUAGUGAAUAUCCAUCAAGUGACAUUAUCAUAAGCUAUAUAUUAUUAGCAGGAGCUGUUGGUCUUGAGAUUUAUGCAUUUAUCCUAUUACUUAGAUCAGACUGGACAAGAUAUUGGUUUGCUAAGCGUAAAAAAAAUAAGAGUCAUUCCAUUUCUUUUUCUCAAGCAAAAAAGAGAUGGUCGAGAUCUAUUGCACAACACAAUCUUAUAACCUUUUGCUAUAGGUUGUAUGACAGUGGAGAGAUUAGUGAUUGCAAGUGUCUAUCAUGGAAACCUGUGGAUGAAUAUUUAAAAGCAUUGAUCUUCCAGCAACUCCUAGAAAAAGGUAACAAAAUUAGCUAUGAUCAAUACAAUCUUGAGUUAUGCAAGCAGUUUUUGUCUCAAAGAGGUGAUUAUGCACUUGAACAAAGUAAUCGCUUUGAUGAAUUUUCUGGGAGCACAACUAAGGUAGAAUUUGAUCAUAGUCUCCUUCUUUGGCAUAUUGCUACUUAUCUUUGCUACAUAGAUGAUAUUCCAGAAAACACACAUCGCAACAAUAUCGACCCAAGUUGUCUAAUUAGCAAACAUUUAUCGAAUUACAUGAUGUACCUUCUUGUUGAAUGUCCGUUUAUGCUUCCUAAAGGGAUUGGUGAGAUAAGGUAUAGAGACACAUGUAAAGAGUUGAAAAAAUUUCUUGAACUAAAAUUUGAGCAAAGAGACUUUUAUACUCGUGUAAGAGAGGCUUCAAAUGUACUAUUACAAACAGAAAUUGACAAGUCAGAAGAUGAAAGAGGAGAUCAGAAUAAGUCAGUGCUUUUUGAUGGGUGUAAGCUUGCUAGACAACUGCAAUCACUAGAUGCUGAACAAGGUUGGAACAGGCAACAAAAAUGGAAGAUGAUUAGCGAAGUUUGGGUGGAAAUGUUAGCGUAUGCAGCAAGCCAUUGCGGGUGGAAGGAACACGCACAGCAGCUCACUAAUGGCGGCGAGUUGAUCACGCAUGUAUGUGUGCUCAUGGCUCAUCUUGGCUUGAGUGAACAAUAUCAAUUACAGAAGCAAUACAUUAAACGCAUGGAAGUACCUUCUUGGGUAAGGUAUGCUGUUGUCCCUCCAGUGUGUUACCCCACUAAUCCUCCUUUUUCUGAUCAUCCACCACUAUCCAAUUCAUGGAAGAAACGAAAGAAUCAGAGUCGAGAAGAUGAAGAUGUCUCCAUUCAGGCAGUUAAAAAUUCUGUUGGGAAUAAGAAAAUCAUAAAGAAAUCUACAGUAAGUAGCUCCAAUAACAGUAAUGGUAAAGAGGGAAGAUGGGCAGAACAAUUGCUUAAUCCUUGUGCAGCAGCCAUUUCGGCUGGAAACUUCGUAAGAGUUCAACAUUUAUUGUAUGUUCUCCAUGAGCUACAAUCACUCAAGGGUGAUGCUAACCACCGGUUAGCAGCUCAUGGCCUCAAAGCGCUGGCUCAGCAUCUCUCAUCAUCUCCUGUAUCAAUAGGACCUGGAACUUUUGCCUGCACCGAGCCACGGUUCUUUCAACGAUCUUUAAUUAGAUUCUAUGAGGUUAGCCCUUGGUUUUCUUUUCCCAACACCAUUGCAAACUCUUCUAUCCUGCAAAUUCUUGCUCAAGAACCUGAUAGAACAUCUAGUCUUCACAUUCUUGAUAUUGGAGUCUCUCAUGGUGUGCAAUGGCCAACACUGCUUGAAGCCUUGUCUCGAAGACCAGGAGGUCCUCCUUCUCUUGUUCGUAUCACUGUUAUUACUCCCACCAACGAAAGUGAUCAAAGCAUAGCCCCGUUCUCUGUUGGUCCACCAGGUGACAAUUUUGUCUCAAGAUUACUUCGGUUUGCCAAGUCUAUGAACAUAGAUCUACAAAUCAAUGUAAUUGAUAACCACCAGUUGCAGAAUCUGAACGCACAAAUUAUUAACACAUGUUGUGAUGAAAAUUUGAUCAUUUGUGCUCAGUUUAGACUGCAUCAACUAAAUCACAGUUCUCCUGAUGAAAGAGCAAAGUUCUUAAAGGUGUUGAGAAGUUGGGAGCCAAAAGGGGUGAUACUUACAGAGAACAACAUGGAAUGUAGUUGCACAAACUGUGGGGAUUUUGCAACAGGUUUCUCGAGGAAAGUGGAUUACUUAUGGAAGUUCUUGGACUCGACAAGCUCAGCAUUCAAGGGGCGAGAGAGCGAAGAGAGGAGGGUGAUGGAGGGAGAAGCGGCAAAGGCAUUGAUAAACAAAGGAGAGAUGAAUGAAAGUAAGGAGAAAUGGUGCGAGAGGAUGAAAGAAGCAAGGUUUUUGGCAGAAGUAUUCGGAGAGGAUACCAUUGAUGGAGGUCGAGCUUUGUUGAGAAAGUACGACAACAACUGGGAGAUGAGAGUGGAUGACAGAAAUGAAUGUGUAGGACUAUGGUGGAAAGGGCAGCCUGUAUCUUUCUGCUCCUUAUGGAGGCUGGACAAGAAGGCCGAUGAGAAUUGACAAUUCCUACUUGGUUGCUUUCAUAAAAUUACAUUUUAUACGAUAAAUUCUGAUUGUAAAGUAAUAUGUUUGAAA